UCAGUGCAGCGGUGAUGAUGGCGCGGCUCGGUGUGUUGGUGCUGUUUCCUCUCCUCUUCCACUCCGUCUUCUCCAUCUCCUUCUUCUUACCAGUCAGAAACCGAAAAUGUUUAAAGGAGGAGAUACACAAAGAUGUUCUGGUGACCGGAGAGUACGAGAUCAGCGAGCAGCCUAACACUAAAGUCAACUUGAAGAUCACUGAUUCCUCUGGCCACAUCCUGUACACCAAAGAUGAUGCCACAAAGGGCAAAUUUGCCUUCACUACAGACGACUACGACAUGUUCGAGGUUUGCUUUGAGAGCAAGUCUCAGAUGGCACUUGGACGAGUUCCUGACCAGAUGAUCAACCUGGACAUGAAGCAUGGAGUGGAGGCCAAGAACUACGAGGAGAUUGCCAAGGUGGAGAAGCUAAAGCCUCUGGAGGUAGAACUGAGGCGUUUGGAGGAUCUGUCUGAGUCGAUAGUUAAUGACUUUGCCUACAUGAAGAAGAGAGAGGAGGAGAUGAGGGAUACCAACGAGUCGACGAACACCCGUGUGCUGUACUUCAGCGUCUUCUCCAUGUGCUGUUUGAUCGGACUGGCCACGUGGCAGGUCUUCUACCUGCGCCGCUUCUUCAAGGCCAAGAAGCUCAUCGAGUAAAACAGACCUGCCAAUCAGAGACCGACAAGCCCCGCCCUUUUUUAAACCGAUCCUAUUAUUUACUUCAUCAUGAGGGCAAAGCUAGUUUGAUGGGAGAUGUUGUUACUUGGAAUCUGACGGCCAUAUUUAGAUUGUGCAUUAUUUUGUUAGACCAUCAUUUUGUUUUUAUUAAGACAAUAAAACCAGCCAUUUCUUCACCAUUUUAUUGCUAUUAAAUCUGUAUGAAAUUUAUUUUGUCUUCGUGAUGGCUUGGAUUGUACGAUGGCUGAUGGGGUCAUUUAGAUGGUGAUAUGUUGGCACUAUACUCUUGGGUCGAGUGUGUCAUUAGUACUUGCUCUGAUAUUCCUGAAAGUAACAGUAGGCUGAGAGAAUGUUUAUCCAUCUCCUUUAUAAACUGGUCAUUUAAUUCAUGGUGUUGCGCACCAGUCAGAGUGAUCUGCUUCUUUAUUAUUUUGUUUUUUUUCUCGUCUCUGGACAGGUUUACUUCAUGACAAGGUGUUUUAUUUCAUUUAAUGUUUAAUAUAAUUAUAAAAUGGUGACUGUUUAUUUUUGGCUGGUUUAUGGAGAAUGAGCUUGUUUGGGGAGGGGGGAUAAUUUGUAAUUAUUUAGUUUUGGUUUUGUGAUUUUUGGGGAACUGAAUUGUCAUUUAAUAAAGUUUGUUAGGUAAACCACUAUCAGGUUUACUAUCUUUUA